AUGGAUGAAGGGGAACAUCAACAACAUGGCUACUACCAAUAUCCGUCCGUGCCUGGCCAUCCACGCCGAGUAGUACAGCAGCAAAUGUCUCCUGCACGCUCGCCGGAGAGUUUUCGACGGUCAGCCACUCAAUCUGUACGCCGGAACCGAGCGCAGCAACCACCGCAAACACAAGCACAAGCACCUAAUCGUGGAGGCGCAUCGUCCAGACGGAGAAUUCACCGUUCUUCUGGCACCGCAGCGUCACAUCACGGCAUUCCUCCCUCAUCAACAACAGCCGACCCAUUGCAGCAGAACGUAGCACUUCAAUUUCAGCAGCGCGCCCUCUCUCCAGAGUCUGUGAGACAUGUACAAUCACAACAAAUUGGCUAUCAGCAGCAACAGUAUGACACGGGGUUUCUCUACGGAUUCGAUCAGUCCGGAACAGCACAGAUGACUUACGGCAUAUCCUUAGCAGAGAAUCUUGGCGGUCUGCCCAGUGGUGGUGUUCGAUUUGGGGUUCCACAACAAUAUUUCCCAUCGGCGGACGUUGCCGAGAAUGUUUCUCAGUAUUUAUCUACACAAGAGCAACUUGCGGCAGAAUAUCAGCAUCAACAACAACGAAGUCCCCUGAAUCGACGAACAGAUACAAGUACGAUGUCUAGUUUCAAUCCUACGGGGAGCAUGGGAAGUAUGCAGCAGCAGGCUGUGCAGAAUAUGACGAAUUUGGAAGAUGCCUAUAACCAGUACCGACAAGCGUUAAUUACAGUAUUUGGGUAUACACAAAGAGGCCACCUGAACGAGGCUAGUCGAUUGCUGCUUGAUCUAUCCGCAUGGCUUAUUGAUAAUGCGCGGGACUUGGGUAAGAUCUUAUCCUUUUUUUGCCCCUAA